AUUUGAGACAUUUGUAGAUGGUACACACACCUGCAGCGAUGAUAAGGUUUGUCAUUCUGAUUUCCAUUGCCAUUCUUGGUGUAGUAGGGUCGCCUCUUUCCCACAAAUGUUUGCAACUGAUUACUGACAAUGGAUUGUCUAAAAAUUUCAACGAGACCAUCGCCCAUGCUAUACAUUCAAUGACUGUGGAGGGACUGAAGAUGUUCAACUCUAAAGCCACAGAGAGCAACCACAUACCUACAGUGAACCACAACCUCAAAUCUGUCCAGAAGGUGUUGCCAUUUGCUCCUAAUGACCCUGUUGGCUCCGACUUUGCAACCCACACCAUGAACACCAUUGACAAAAUCCUCAGCCAUCUUGAAAACUCUGAUGAUGGCCUUGGUCCAAACUGGUCUCCAAUAGAGCGAGUGGCCCACACUUUCCAUAUGUUGGAUUUGUGGGUGAAAAUCCAUGAGCUGUACUGGCAAAAGGUUGCCCCAAACCCACCCAGCUCCCAGCUUUGUGCCUGCCUGACUAGAACAGAGGACAAUGGAAUCACAGCUGCAGUGAAAUGGGUAGCCGAUCACUAUGAAUCCGGAACUCCAAUUACUCUGCUCAACAGACCCAUCCCCAAACUGACCAAUGCCAACAGCUGGACUGUGUGGAAGAAACGGCUCCUACACUACUACAGUGACCAAUCAUUGUUUGAUGCAGCAACUUACAUGUCCUGUGCCACAAGGGACUUCUAGACAAAGAAUAUAAAGAUAGCUGUUGGUUACAUACAUGUACAUCUUUGCUAUGUGAAAUACUGCCUCCUCCAGUUCAUUCCAGUAUAUUUUAUACCUUUCCUUUUUGUUUUUAUUAGAGUCCAUGCACAGGUACAUGUACGGGAUGUAAGUAAAUCUAUCAGUUUCAAUGUAUGCCAGUAAUGCAAAUGUCAACAAUAUUGUGUUGUCUUGUAAAGCUCAUUUUGCAUGGACAAUCAGGCAAAUAUUUAAAAGAGUCAAUUUGACUGGCUACUGUUUCUUUAUUUUAUUUUUACUGUGUAAUUUUCUUUACACAGCUUUACUGUUAAAAAAUCUUGUCAGUUUGAUAAAUUUCACAUGAAAAACAAAUUAUUAUUAAAUUCCCAGCCACUAAAUGUCAA